AAGAUCAACCUACGAAAUCGGAAGAGAACCUGGAAGCUUGUUGUUGAUUUGUCUGAUCUUUUAUAUGCUGUUGAGGAACCUCACCGCGUUUUAUGUGGUGAUAGCGUCAUACCUUAAGGUCAGGUACCACCAAGUUAUGUUGCAAGCUGCCUAGCCCAAAAAAUAUGACUCCGAAGGUUGUCGAGAGUUGACGCAUGGGUAUGUAUGCUUGGACAAUAGUUUUCGACUUUGCACCGUCACACCAUCAUAUAUCCUUUUCUCAAAUCGGAGAUUGAUCUCCGGCCUAAGUUUUGAGUUUCACGAUGGCAGACGUAUCAAUGUGGGCUAUGUUGUAGAUAAUCCGGAAAGGCGCGUUGAUUCUAUGGUUUCUCCUACUUGUUUAUGGUUGGUUUACAGUCAAUUAGGAUUCGAGGCAAUUACAGUCGAUACAUAUCCGCAAGAAUAUCUUGACAGCAUCACACCUAGCCACAGAACCAAAAUUGCAAUUGCUAGAUGGCCAUUGAAAAAUCUUAAGAGCGUUCACCUUGGCUUUGACGUAAGCCUGGUCACUUUGACUUUUCUUUUUAUGGGAUGUCCUAACAAUUUUCUAGGCCAUGCGAAUAGUGAAAAUUUCCAUGGAUGUCGAGAGACAAGAUAAAUUCGAUGGUAUUUCUUGGAAACAUCCUCACCUUUCAACCGCGCCUUCUAUUCAUCAAGAUGAUGUUGCUGCUUUAUAUAGACUACAGAGUACAUCAUUCGCACUAGCUUCGACUCAUUUUAUAGACCAAGGGAAGAGAAUUCUUGUCGCGAUCAAAGUUUACAGUCCCUUGGGAUGCUCUGCUGGUAUCACUGGUAUUGGAUUCGUUUAUGAUACAGGUACCGAGACCGUAUGGGGUUCUACACACGACGCUGCUUCAUUGGCAUUUUUUCUCGAUGUUCAAGAGCGAUUGAUUAAAAUAACAGUCUACAAGGUCGAUUCUUUGGUCUGUCAAUUACAGGUUGAGUCACUUUUUGGUACAAAUAAUUUCUCUAUAUGCUCUAACAAAUUCUUGUAGUUCACUACCAACAUUGGUAGAACAAGUAAUGUCUAUCCUCCACUAUCGAUAGAUGCCAUUGUAUCACAUGAGCGUAUGGGGUAUAAGGUUUUGGAUGGUGGAUAUAUUAUCGGAUUCUGUGGUUGUUUUAUGGUUUGAUACUCUUUAAAUAUCUUUGAUCACAAUUCCACAAGCUCAUCUUGAUUAAAGGGCCCUCUCAGUGAGCUGCACUGCUUUGGAGUCGUACCAACGACCUCAGUAACCUCUUUCAAGAUUCUUCCGAAAACCUUUGUUACCAAGUUGGCUCUUGAGAGUCAAAUCCAGGAUAUGCCACUUGGUGGAGUUAAGAAUCAUGGUCAGUACCAGUCCCGUGUAUCUUUAGGGAAGAAGUACCUGUAAGUUCAAGCAUUCAUCAACCCAACGAUGUCAAAGUACCGCCGCGCUGGGCAGGUUACCGGCCAUCUGUUUCGCUCAAACAAUGAUUCAAACCAACCUGACCUGCUGGCCAAUGGACAGGAGCUGGCACUACGUAUACUCUGGAAGAAGGCGAGCAAAUUGUAGACUUGGAAGUUACAACGGUCAAACCCAUUUGCAAACAAAAGUCACGUUCUUGUCUGUCACAGGUUGAAGGUAUAACAAUAGUGACAAAUAGUAGGAUGAUUAAAUGGGGUCCAAGCAUGGUGGAAGGUAGUUGUGAACAAGAACUUCAAGGUACAUAUCAAUAUCAGAGUGUUGUGGCAGAGGCUAUUUGGGAAUUCAACGCUAUGUUUGACCGUGUAUUCUGUGUCCGUCAGUAGAUGAUUAGGCCGGGGGCGAAAUGAAACAAGCUUCUCAAAUCUAAAAUGUGCUAUUGCAAGA